UUGCUGUCGUUCAACAUUGCUUCCACUGUAUUAUAAUACCACGAACAGUUGAAUGUGGAAUAUUGAGUAGGGAGGAAAUUUCACGACUGGUCAUAUCUGUUUGGGAUUAAUAUGCGCCCAUCUUCGUGUGACACCUUUGUGGCGCUGCCCCCCUCCACUGAGGGACAGCGCAUCAUUUUUGGGAAAAACUCUGACAGGCCUUGUGAUGAAGUCCAGGAGGUUGUGUAUUUUCCUGCCAGAGACUAUGGUGCAGGGGAGAAGGUUGAGUGCACAUAUAUAGAGAUUGAGCAGGUCGCCCACACUCAUGCAGUAGUAUUGAGCAAACCAGCGUGGCUGUGGGGGGCAGAGAUGGGCGCAAAUGAGCAUCAAGUGUGCAUCGGAAAUGAAGCAGUGUGGGGCAGAGAGAGCGCUGAUGGUGAGGAGGCUCUCCUCGGCAUGGAUCUUGUAAGGCUUGGACUAGAGAGAGCUGAUACGGCUGAGAAAGCUGUGACUGUUAUCACCGAGUUGCUGGAGAAGUACGGUCAAGGAGGAUCAUGCAUGGAAGAUGAGUGUGGCUUCACCUACCACAACAGCUUCCUCAUCUCAGACAGGAAGGAGGCAUGGCUUCUGGAAACAUCAGGAAAGUACUGGGCAGCAGAAAGAGUGGAAGAUGGAUAUCGCAACAUUUCAAACCAGUACGGCAUCACAACUAAGAUUGACAAGGAGCAUCCAGAAAUGAGGGCAUACGCCCAAAGUAAGGGCUGGUGGGAUGGAAAGAGCCAGUUCAACUUUGCCACCGUCUACUCCUUUACGACUACAGCCAGAAUAGAAGCCUCUGGGAGCCGAUACUGUGAGGGGAAGAAGUUGCUGGAAAAGAGUAAUGGUCAUAUCACUGCGGAGACAAUGAUGGAUAUCCUGAGGGAUAAAGAUAGUGGCAUCAACAUGGAGGGCAUGUUCAUGACCACAGGAAGUAUGGUCUCUGUGAUACCCACAGAUCCCGAUCUGCCAGGGGUUCACUAUUUUACAGCAACACCAGACCCUGAAAGGUCUGUAUUCAAGCCGUUCAUCUUCGUGAAAAACCUUCAUCUGUUAAAGGAGACGUCUUCCCCCAGUUACGGUUCAGACGACCCUGUAAAGAAGAAGCCCCGCUUCCAAAGCAAACCGGACCGCAAACAUGAGCUGUUUGUCAAACACGAGCUGGUGGCUGCUAUCAUCGAAUCCUAUAAGGACAGAGGAAGGAAGAUCACAGAAGGUAUGAGGCAGCUGGAGAAGGAGACGAUGAAAGCGAUGGAGAACCAUCUUUUAUAUGGUGUUAGCUCCUCUGAGGAGGAUUUUCUGGUGAACCUGUUUACAAGUUCUGUUCAGAAGGAGCUGUCUGUUUACAGCAAAAACUGAAGUGCACACAACUUGAUGGAACCACAAAACAGUUCCACAGUUUAACACUAGCAGAGUAUGUUCUGUUUUUUACCUUUUAAUCAGGUAUCAGUAUAAUGCUUGUAUAAUAAACUUGUAAAACAACAGAAAACUAUUCAAAGCAUACAGUAAAAUUCUUAAGUGCCAUGAUGGGAAAGUUUUCACUCUUGUUGACCAUUGGCAAUAAAUCUAUUGCAUAGUCCAUGAAUUAAUGUUUUACUAGUAAACUUUUAUUUUAAAACACAUGUAUUUAUAUAUGCAGUGAAAAUGUGAUGAUGAAAUUACUAAUUUCAUGCAAAUGAUCAACACUCGACUUAAUAAAACAAAC